GAACUACUACUACAACACCUGUGCCGGAAACUACAACGGAAAGCACAACUCUGCCUACAACUACAACUACUGUAGUUCCUACCACAACUGAAAAAACAACUAUAACCACGACAACGUCGCCAGAAACAACGACAAUUACCACAACAUCUCUGACAGAAACAACAACGGAAAGUCCAACUCCGUCACCCACUACAACUACUAAAAUUCCUACCACAACUGAAGAAACAACUGCAACUACGACAACGUCGCCAGAAACAACA